AUGGGUGUGCCCUCCUCUCUCCCUCUCCUUCUCUUUGCUCACUUUCUCUGCUUUGCAAACCCAGACAUAAACGAGCUGAACCUGCCCAAGACGUGUGACAUCAGCUUCUCAGAUCCAGACGAUCUCCUCAACUUCAAGCUGGUUAUCUGUCCUGAUGAGGGCUUCUAUAAGAGUGGGAAGUUUGUGUUCAGUUUUAAGGUGGGCCAGGGUUACCCACAUGACCCCCCCAAGGUGAAGUGUGAGACGAUGGUCUAUCACCCCAAUAUUGACCUCGAGGGCAACGUCUGCCUCAACAUCCUCAGAGAGGACUGGAAGCCAGUUCUUACGAUAAACUCCAUAAUUUAUGGCCUGCAGUAUCUCUUCUUGGAGCCCAACCCCGAAGACCCACUGAACAAGGAGGCCGCCGAGGUCCUGCAGAACAACCGGCGGCUGUUUGAGCAGAAUGUGCAGCGCUCCAUGCGGGGUGGCUAUAUCGGCUCCACCUACUUUGAGCGCUGCCUGAAAUAGGCUUGGCGCACACCCACCCCUGCCAGGGCCACCAGCCCCGGCGUCCCCUGCAAAUAUUUAUUGGGGGCCACAGGUGGGGGGUAUGGGGUGGCCGGUGGGGGAAUCCCAUGCCCUGGCCUUGCCUCCCCUCCCUGCCACCCGCUCCUAGUUAUUUUUUUUUUUAACCACCAUGUGAUUAAGGUCGGCACUGCCUCCCCCGACCCGCUCAGCGAUGGGAAAUGAAUUGGCUUGUCUAGCCCCCAGCUGGGUGCUGUCCAACCCCCCACUCUGGGCUCUGGGGUGGGUGGCCAAGGGGACUGGGUGGCUGGGGCUCGGGCACCCCACCUCUCCACCACUGGAGGUCCCACCAGGCUAUUAAAGGGGAAUGUUACUGCAUG